UGACAAUACCUAUCAAUCGACAUCAAAAUAUUUUCGCCUAAACAUGUUUAUUUUUACGUAACAUUGCACUAAACAAAAUGCCAGUAUUUUGGUAAAAAAAGAUGAUCAAAUGCAUCCUUUUCUCGGAAAGACUUGAUCCCUUAACUUAUAUACUGGGAUCAACACAAAUCAGAACUUUGGCUAUAGUGACCGACACGCAAAUCGAAGAGUGCUACUACACCCUAAAAAUCCCAGUUAAUUCUAAACAAGGCGUAGUGCGAGCAGCGUUUUUAGAUUUAGCCAAAAUCUACCACCCAGACUCUGGUUCACCAGAAGCUUGUAUUGAGAAAUUUGUGGACAUUGAAAAUGCCUUCCGUAUACUUACCAAGCACAACACGGGGAAAAGCAGCCAGGAAGAUGUGGAGAAAAUAGUUCAUGAUAUUAGACAUACAGCGCCACAGCACCGGCAGUACCUGAGCUUCGACGGCGUUGGCUAUGGCACUCCAUUCCAGAGACAAAAGCAAUGGGCUCAGGCCCGCGCUCAGCGGGCAGCAUCCAACGUAAUGGAGCACCGGGUCUCAAAAGCUGUAGCUUCAGAGAACACACUUAUGAAGAAGGGUCAGGGUUACGGAAAGAAGCACGACAUUAAAACGAAAUACGGCUUCGACCGGCUAGUGGAAGACCUUAUCCAAGAAUCUAUGUCGAAGGGCGAGUUCGAGAAACUCAGCGGCAUUGGCAAGCCUUUGAAGGAUCAGAACAAAAAUCCUUACGUCGACUUUACUACGCACAAGUUGAAUGAGGUGCUUAUAAACAACGGCUUCGUCCCAGAAUGGAUAACGAUGAACAAAGAAAUAAACCAAGACAUAGAAGCCCUAAAAGAAGAGAUCAGACGCGACAGGAGCUACCUCGGCCCUUACCCUCUAUCAGAGCAAGACCUCCCAAAAUGGGACCGCAUAUGCGAAGCGAACCGGGAUCUAGCCAAAUCAAUCAACACUAAAAUUAAUACGUAUAAUUUAAUAGUCCCUUUGAUAAAUAAUCAGAAAUUCCAUGUAGAUUUCGACAAGAUAUGCGAAGAUGUUUUGGUGAGUGGAGUACAUUCAGUUAAACCAGAUACUAAUGUGAAGGAAAAGUCUGUUACUAAAGUUUCUAAUACCUCGGACUACGAUUUUUUUGGAGUGUUUUUUAAAGCGUUAGGGGAUUUAUUUAAUUUCAAAUCUAAGAACAAUCUAGAUAGGUAGUUAAGCGGAAUAUGGACAAAGGUACAUUGGGGUAAUUUGGAAAAACCCGUAUUAAUAAAUAACAAGAUUCAAUAAUAUUGAACUAAGUAUUAAUGUUCUAUGCAGGGCUCGAACAAUUCAUGCGGAUGACUUCAAACCACACCAAAGGAUGAUUUCAAAUUUUGUUACUUCGUGCGACAUGUCACACGGGAAGUUGCAAACAUCAUCCUGUAUGCAAAAUUACGUCAUCCGCAUGAAUUGUUCGAGCGCUGGUCUAUGUUUGAAGUAUAAAAAUGUUAUUUUAGAGCAUUUUUUUCUGCUUAUAUGUAACAAAAUUAUUGGCAUGUAAAUAAAGACAAGCAUCAACCAAUAACGGGUUAGAUUGAAACUAUUUGUAGCUGUAUAAAGGUGCAUAAACAAAAAAUAAUUUAAUCCUCUUUUAACAUUAUAAACUGAGCCAAUAUACUAUUUAAGACCUUAUUUCUUUUUAAUAAGGUAGAAAAUUAAGCAAUGAAUUUGCUCGGUAGUAAACUAGAUAAAGCAAACUGUGAUAAAAAUGGGUAUAUUUUAAAUAAAAACAGUAAAAUUGAUGCAAAACGUUUUAUUUAUAACAUAUUUUAAACUACACAAUUUCCUUAACAAUACAUUUAUCAUUAUCACUGUUGAGUACAGCGCUACACUAUAGCUUCAUUAGCGAUUCAUAAAUGCUGUGAAUAAAAUACCUAUAACAAACCUGAUUGGAACUCAUAAAUAAAAAGUUAUUAAACAGUCUUAAUAACUCUAUUCUUUAUAAAAAGGUCACAAUUCUUUUCGUUGUCUUGUUCGUUGACCACUCUGUCGCGUUUCUAUGUUUGUCUUUUAUGAAAUAAAAAAAAGUUGAGUGCUAUUGCAUGUAUUUCUAGCCGUAGAUUAUAAUUCGCUUGAGAAAAAUUAAAAACUAAAUUUCACGCCAUACAAAAAGCUCCACUCCGUCACAUUUUUUGGGGACAAGAAACAAUACAA